AUGCCUCUUAACAUCAAAGGCCGUAAAGUUGUUAAACAAAAGGGAAAAUCUAAAUCAAAUAAACUUAACAGGAAAGACUGGAAAGCUGAUUCGCGCCUAAAGUCUGAAAGGAGCUGCGACACGCCUACUGAAGUCAGUGUCGAUUUAACAAAUCCAAAACCCUGUUCAGAAAGCGAUGCAUACACUGCCUCACUUAGCUCCCGCGAUACUUGUAUGCAAUCUCCAGUGCCCACCAAAGGCCAGAAUAGCAUCUCUCCAGUUAAAAAUGUUUCACUAAAAUAUCAAUCACUUGGCAAAAAAAUAAAAGCUGCUCAGAUUUCCAAGCGAUUUCAAAAAGCAAGUAAAAUAUUUACUAAAGCAGCCGGUUUUGGAAACACUGGAGGAAAAGGUUUGGUAGCAAAUGGCAAACAAGGAAAUGAAUUUCGGAGGGCAAAUUCACCCCUAGACAAUGGAUGUCUCAAUGAAAAGGGAAAAACAAAUCCAUUAGGACAGAUUUACUUGAACAGAACUGGCAAGAAGGAAAAAGAGGACAGGUCUAUUACGGAAUCCUCUCUACAACAAAAUGAAGUUACUAAAAAAAUUCAGGUUAUGAAGGAUCAGCUCAAUGAACUGGAACAAACGGUUAAAUCACACUGUAAUGUUGGUGCUUCUGUUUCGAAACGUGGUAACGAAGUAGAUGGAAUUGGGAGUCAGUUACCUAAUAAAUUCCAACCGACACAAUGUUUGAACAAAGGCACGGAGCAAAGUAACAAUCCAAAUGAGGAUGUUAGCAAUCUCAUUUUGGACAAAGAGGAAUCACUAAAGCCUCUGGUUGACGAAGUCACAAAUGGCACGAGGGAUGAUAAUUGCAUUGAUACUCAAGCCAACGUGGAUGAGCAAGAAUUAAAUAUCUUAUUAAAUAUGCAAUUGAUGAUGUCAGGAGAUAAAUGCAAUGCAGCUCAGGAAAGGGUUACUUAUUUUUUAGAACAACUACGGAUUUUAUUAGAAAAUGAUUUGAACGAAAAUCCGGAUGAGUUAUCACAACAUCUAGCUUCAAAUACCACAGAAGAGGAGCCCUCCGUCUCAACUACUAAUAUUUUGCAAACUUCAAGAACUACUCCCCAAAAGGCUCAAACACUAGGGUUUGACAAUAAUUAUCGAAAAGAAGUUAUGUUAUUAUUGGAGGAGAUCAUUUCAAUUUUGGAGACCCUAAAGCGCUGCCAAGUAGAAAAACAAAAUGGUAACUUAGCCCAAAAUGUCAAAUCCACUCCCCGACUUCGUAGCCUGAUUGCACAAUUAAAGUCGGCUAUUCGAUCAUUUAAUCCAAAUCCAUCAAUGUCAGAAACAAGUGAUGUAUUAGGAGAAUUACGUUACUUGAUUGAUGUAUUGGGGGGAAUUUUGCAGAAUGGGUGCAUCAACCAGGAAAACUUGGUGAAAACUGGACAAAUUUUGUGUUAUAUAGAUGAUGAAUUUCAACAACAGGGUAAUCUCUCUUACCCUUUGGAUGCAAAUAUUCGAAAUGUAAUGGAAAUUAUUAAAACAAAACUAGUGCAUCCCCCCAGCAGUCUCCAAUAA